CUCAGCCUUCCCUUCUCUGUUCAAUGGCACUUCUCUCUCUCUAGAAUAAUACCUGUUACAACUUUCUCUCACUUUCUAGUGCAAUCUUUGUACUCAGUAGAAAAGCAUCUCUUAACCUCCCUUCGUCUCUCUAAAUAACACAUUCUCUCCCUACAUUAUCACUUUCUCUCUCUAGAAAAUAGAUGCAAUGGCGAACCAGCAGACGGUCAAUGUAUCAAACGCAACAGAUACAGGGCUUGUGUGUUACUCUCCAACAUGGAUCACAACCAAUGGUAUAUGGCAAGGAGAUAAUCCCCUCCACUACUCUUUCCCUCUCUUCACCAUCCAACUGACACUAGUGGUGGUCGCCACCCGCGUCUUGACGUUCCUCCUCCGGCCCCUGAGACAGCCUCGGGUUAUCGCAGAGAUCAUCGGUGGCAUAAUCCUCGGCCCCUCGGUCCUAGGCCGCAACAAGAACUUUGCCAGCAGCAUUUUCCCCUUGCACAGUGUGACAGUCCUGGAGACCAUCGCCAACAUCGGCCUCGUCUAUUUUCUCUUCAUCGUCGGCCUCGAGAUGGACAUUAAUGUCAUCCGCCGUACCCGAGCCAAGGCUUUACUCAUUGCCGGCGCUGGCAUGGUCAUUCCCUUUGUGAUUGGCAUCAGCUCCUCCUUCCUGCUCAAGGAGUCUGUCUCUGAGAAUGUCUCUCAGGUCACUUUCCUCCUCUUCCUCAGCGUCGGCCUCUCGAUCACUGCCUUCCCCGUUUUGGCUCGCAUCCUUGCCGAGCUAAAGCUCCUCAAUACAGAACUCGGUAGACUUGCGAUGUCGGCUGCGAUUAUCAAUGACGUAUGCGCCUGGGUACUCCUUGCGCUGGCCAUAGCAGUAAAUGAUCGCGAUAAAAAUGCACUGGCAUCAGUAUGGGUCGUCCUGUCCGGUGUGGUCUUCGUGCUAUUCAGCCUACUGGUCUUGCGCCCCGCUGUCACUUGGGUCACCCGAAAGACGACGGAGGGCGAGGCCGUAAGUGAGAUCUACAUAUGCGCUAUCAUGCUUGGAGUGAUGGUUUGCGCCUUCACAACUGACAUUAUAGGGAUUCAUCCCGUUUUCGGGGCCUUCAUGUUUGGUCUCGUCAUUCCAAACGGUUCCUUGGGGGGAGCUCUCAUAGAGAAGUUAGAGGACUUCACCUCUGGGCUUCUACUCCCACUGUUCUUUGCCAUUAGUGGCCUGCGGACCAACGUCAUGACGAUCACAAAUGAGGAUACAUGGGCGAUCCUGAUGCUAGUGAUCGUGCUAGCAUGUGCUGGGAAGGUGGUCGGUACACUGGUGGUCGCAUUGUUCAUGAAGAUGACGCCACGCGAGGGGAUUGCACUUGGGCUGCUGAUGAACACCAAGGGCCUCAUUGAGAUGAUCGUGCUCAAUAUUGGAAUGGAUAAAAAAGUUUUGGACGAGUCAUCCUUUGCCAUCAUGGUCAUAGCUGCUGUGAUCAUGACCGGCAUGAUCACCCCAGUGGUCACAACAAUUUAUAAACCGGCACGCCGCUUCCUCCCUUAUAAGCGUCGUACAGUUGAAAAAGGAAAACCAGAGUCCCUAUUGCGAAUGCUUGUUUGUGUACAUACAUCUAGAAAUGUCCCUACCAUUAUCAACCUUUUAGAGGCCUCUCAUGCCACUAAGAAAUCCCCAAUUUCUGUCCAUGCCCUCCACCUUGUCGAGCUCACCGGCCGGUCGUCGGCGAUGAUCAUUGUUCAUAGUUCCCGUAAGAGUGGCCGGCACAUGAACCGGACGGAAGCUGAGUCAGAACAUAUAGUGAAUGCGUUUGAGAACUAUGUCGGUGUGAGCGGUGUGGCAGUACAACUUGUGACCGCAAUGUCGCCAUUCGCAACGAUGCACGAGGAUAUAUGCAAUUUGGCAGAGGAGAAGCGUGCAGCGUUGAUCAUAUUGCCAUUUCACAAACAUCAGACGGUGGACGGGGGUUUGGAGACCACGAAUCCGGCCUUUAGGACGAUUAACCAAAAUGUCCUGGUGAAUGCCCCUUGCUCUGUUGGGAUACUUAUCGAUCGGGGACUUGGGGGCACCACUGGGAUCUCUGCCAGCCAUGUAUGUCACCAUCUGGCAGUCUUGUUCUUUGGGGGCCCCGACGAUCGCGAGGCUCUAGCAUACGCAUCUCGCAUGGCAGAGCACCCAGGCGUCAGCCUCACUGUGGUGCGAUUCUUACCUGGUGAUGAGGCUGUAGAGCCCGAAUUCCCAGUGGCCGACACUCUCUAUCAAGACGAUUCCAAGAACCUUCGGAUACUCACCGUCCUAACAGACAACGAUAGGGAACACCAUCUAGACGACGGUUACAUUGCUGAAUUCAGGCUUCGAACAGUGGGCGACGAGUCUAUCAUGUACACAGAGAAGGUGGUAAACAAUGUUGAAGAAUCGAUUGCAGCCAUUCGAUCUAUGGAUAGCAUACAUGACCUUUUCGUGGUGGGUCGAGCCCAACGGGUCUCCUCCCUUACCACUGGGCUCACAGAUUGGAGCGAAUGCCCAGAGCUCGGACCCAUUGGAGACCUACUUGCUUCCUCAGACUUUGCUGCCACCGUUUCGGUGCUCAUCAUGCAACAAUAUGUCGGGGUUCUACCUCAAGAGGUGGUCGGCACACCAAAUAGCCCACAAAGGGAGCCAUACCUUCACAAUGUUAGCCACCGGAAUUCAGCAGUAGUCCAAGACAUGCCACAAAUCGGGGGCGGGUUCACCGCGAAUUGGACCACCGCUAAUGCCACCUCCCAUGGCCAAGGAUCCCCAUUUUGAUUUGGGUUUUGUAGGCCUAGUAGUUCUUGUUCAUGCUCAUCUUCCAUGGCUUCAAAGUUCACAACUUGAUUGAAUCUGUUGUUAUGAUGCUAGGUUUACUGGUGUUUCUAUGAAGGAGGUCAAGAGUUUGAUGAACUUUGGGAUUUCUCCCUCACAUAACCUAAGAUUAACCUCCCAUAGCAAAGAGAGGAAAUGAAGAACUAAGUCAUCACCUCAAUUCAUAAACCACAUGGUCUUGUGGCUUUGCCGAUUGGUGAUGAGUAAUGGUUUAAGUUUUGAAACUCGCAGUUUAGAGAA